AUGAUUUAAACUUAAAGAGAAAAAGAACAAAUGUGUUUGGAACACAACGAAUCUGCAAUUUAUUUUGAUUUUUCAACGAACGACUAACGCCCACAAAAUAGAUGCUUAAGAUGUGUUGAAAGAUAGUAAUUAUGGGUAGAUGUUCAAGUAGCAGAAAAACAAUUUGAAAAUGUCAAAAGGACAGUUUGGAGCGAGAAACAAGCCCUUCAUCAGAAUAAUUUAGAGAUCUUAUAAGGAUUAUUUGGUCAACUUAAAGAGUUUAAAACAACUUUCAAUACAUAUAUAGAUAAGACUCUGUAAAACAUGGAUCAAUAAAUUUAAUUUAUUAAAAACGGCAUAGAAAAAGAAAAUAAAUCAAUAAGUGAGCUCUCAAUAUCUCAACUGGAUUAGCUGGAAUCUCAAAAUACUAAUUAGUAACAUCUAUUUAUUGAUUAUAAAGAAUUACAAAAUUGCUAUAAAGAGCAAAUUAAUAGAUUAAAAAUGCAUUAACAAUUUACUUAAUUUGAAGAGAAUCUAAAGAAAAUAGAAUAUAAUCAAUAAAAUUUAAUCAAAGAUGUAAUUCAAACUUUUUCAUCAGAAAUCUUUCAAUAAAGUAGACUGUCUAAUUAAAACUGGUAAUGUGAAAAUCACAAACUAUAAGUGGCUCUAGUUGAUUUAAAUGAAUAGGCAACAGUUCCAAAUAGAAUGGCUUGUAUAGAUUGCGUUACUGAAUAUCCAAUCAAAUACACGAAGUUGGAACAAUUAAAAUAAUUAUGGUUGAGUUAUGUAGAUAAUACAUUAAAAUAUUAAGAAUAACAACAACAACAACUUGAAGAGUAAGCCUAAAAGGCUAUGUCAAAAUUUUCAUCCUAUAGAGAAGUCAUUACUGAUCUAUCGUAAUAGUUAAUAUAAGGAAUGGUAUUCAGAGAUGUUUCUUAAUGUAAGGCAACAUAAAAUCUAAUUAAUCUGAAGACAAAAAAUUGGUACUAAUUAAAUAAAUUAGAAAUUAUUGAAAUUUCAAAUAUCUUAAGUUAAAAAAAUAAAUUUGAAGUAAUUAAUGAAGCUAUCAAAAAUGAAUUCCAAAUCUACUAAGUCUAAUUAAUGAAAAAAAUUUUAAAUUCUUUCAAGUCGUUUUAAGAGAAGCUCAUUGCAGCAUUUUAAUAAAUUUCUGGAGAAAUAUCAGGGGGCAUGAAUAUUUCAGAAAUAAAUGAAUAAACUAAUAACUCAAUAGGAGAAAAUUCACUUCAAAUAUAGCCUUAAAAUUUGCAAUUGAAAAAUUAAAAUACACAAAUGACUCAGUUUAAAUAUGAAAUAAUUAAUUCCUUUAAAGAAGAAAGAGUUGAGACAUUUGCUUUUAAUGCAGAUUAUAGUCUUGUUGCCGCUGGAUUCUUUGAUUCCAGUAAAAUUAAUAUUUAUGAAUUCAAUUAAGGAUAAAUAGAAAAAAUUUAAGAAUUAAGAGAUCACGAAGAAUAUAUAAUUUGUUUAAAGUUUUUCAAAAAAUCAAAUUAAUUAGUGUCAGGCAGUUAUGAUAAAACUAUAAUCAUUUGGGAAAAAAAUAACAAUAAUUUAUGGGGUCUUAAAUUUAAGCUAAUAGGACAUAAAUAAGGAAUAUUUUGCAUAGCAAUAAAUAAUAAUGAGAAUUGGAUUAUAUCUUCUAGUGGUGGUAGUGGCAGUGGAAGUGGUGAUUAUUCAAUAAAAGUGUGGGAUUAAGAUAAGGAAUGGUAAUGCAUUUAAACAUUACCUCAUAAAUUUGAAAUUUCUAGUUUUAGUCUAAGUUAAUCUAAUGAGUACUUGGUUUCAUGCUCUAGAAAAGACAAUUCAAUUUAAAUUUUUAAGUUAUAAAAUAAUCAUAAGAAUUGGAGUUUAUUUUAAAAAAUAGACAUUGAAGAAUGGGGAAUAAAGGUGUGCUUUCUAGAGGGUUUAACUUUUGCAUUUUAACCAUUCAAUAAUAAAAAAAUGUAAAUCUUUUCCAUAAAUGAUUCUAAUGAUUAAUUUAUUAAGAAAUAAGAUGUUCAAGUAGAAGCAGGGAACGAUUGUUAUUUCCACUUUCCCUUACAGUUUGUAUAAACAAAGUUAAUGAUAGUAGACAGGAAUGGAAGCAAAGUUAAUAUUAUAAAAAAAUAAGAAAAUGGGACUUAUGUCACAUAGCUUGUUCUUGAUUAUGAUGCAAAUAGAAUUUUUGGUACAAUGACUGAAGAUGGAAAAUUUUUGAUAACUUGGGAUAAUAAAUAUUCAUAAAUUUAGAUAAGAUAAUAUUAAGAAUGA